AUGGCCGAACGAACCCACCGUGCCGAUGAGCGGCGUUUCCUCGAUGAGCGCGGUGGCGAUGUCCGCCUGACUCCAAACGGGCUGAACCCAGCCAAUGUUAUGGAGAAAGCUGUGCGCGAGCGAAUCGUCGACAGCUACUUCUACAAGGAGCAGUGCUUCGGUGUCAACGAGGCUGACAUUGUUAACCGAGUGGUGGACCAUGUGUACUUCAUUGGUGGAACCUACGGCAGCACACAAAAACCGACGCCUUUCCUGUGCCUCGCCUUCAAGCUGCUGCAGCUGGCGCCUGGGGAUGAUAUACUGAAAGAGUACCUGGAGUAUGGCGGCGACAAAUUCAAGUAUCUGAGAGCCCUGGCUGCUUUCUACAUCCGGCUGACACGGCGGGCGAAGGACGUCUAUCUUACGCUGGAGCCGUACCUGGAGGACAAGAGAAAGCUGAGGCGGAAAGGCAGGGCUGGCACGAGCCUGACGUACAUUGACGAGUUCGUGGACGACUUGUUGGUCAAAGACCGCGUAUGCGGCACAAGUCUCUUAAAGAUGCCCAGCCGGGAUCUGUUGGAAGAUCUUGACGAGCUGGAGCCAAGGAUUAGUCCAUUGGGGGAUCUGGAGGACCUGCUUGAGGAAGACGACGAAGAGGUGGCGAAUGGACGCGGCAGUGAGGAUGACAGGAGAAGCGAGUCGGACACAGAUGAUAGAGAUGAUGAGGACAGAGCGCGAGACCAGAUGGAGAUCGAUCGUGAAGAAACACCUCAGAGCCCAGACCGAACCCCCUGA